AUGGCAGAUAAGUACUCCCAGCUAACAACUGAACAACACCGAUCUAGCCACCGUCGCAACAGAAGUUGUUGCUGCUGUCUCUUUAGCUUCUUCUGGAAGCUUCUGGUUUCACUCGUCUUCCUCUUCGCUCUCAUAUUCCUUAUCUUCUACCUCAUUGUUCAACCCCGUGCCUUCAAGUUCUAUGUCACGAAAGCCGAAUUAACCCAAUUCGACUAUUCCAAUGACAUACUACACUACAACAUGGUGCUCAAUUUCACUGCCCGUAAUCCAAAUAAAAAACUCGGUAUCUAUUACGAUAAAGUUGAGGCUCAAGCAUUUUACGAAGGGGCAAGGUUUGCGAAUGUCGAUGUGAUCACACACAUGAACUCUUUCCGCCAAGACAAGAAAAGCAGUGACCCUAUGAGUGCCGUUUUCUCAGGACAACAAUUGUUGAUGCUCCAUAGUGAUCAAGUGUCUGAAUUCAACAAAGACAAGAGUGUUGGAGUUUAUGAUAUCUAUGUGAAACUCUACUUCAGGAUUAGGUUCAAACUCGGAGACUCGAUUUCUCAUAAUUACAAGCCCAAGGUCAAGUGUGAUCUCAACGUUUCGUUGAGUUCUAGGAAUAAUGCAACUUUUACCUUCACUAGGGUUUUGCCUACUAAGUGCGAUGUUAUGUUCUAG